AUGCCCGCCAAUCGCUUGAAAGUGGCCUUCCUAGGCCCGCCGGCCUCGUUCUCGCAUCAGGUACAGAGUCAACUCCAAAUUCCCCCGCCAAGCUCAUUCUCAUUACCCCACAUUAUUGGCCGAAUUGAGUUCGUCUCUAACAGUUGCUUUUUGUUCUUACAGGCCGCGGCCGAGUCCUUCGAUAACACGGACGCUGAGUUACUUCCUCACGUCUCCUUCGCGGAUGCCUUCACGGCUGUGCAGCAGCAAGUCGCCGACUACGCGGUGAUCCCGUUCGAAAACUCGACCAAUGGCUCCGUUGUGCAGACAUUGGAUUUACUUGCGGAUCGUAACGCCCUUUACACGGACGUCGAGGUCUGUGGAGAGUACUACCUGACCGUGCACCAUUGUCUGCUUGUGCGCAAGGGCACGUACCCAUCCGGCUGGGCAGGCUACGACGGCUCCAUCACAAAGCUAUACACACACCCACAGGCCUGGGGCCAAUGUGAUAAUUUGUUAUCGCAACACUUCAAGGGCAUCGAGAGACAAGAUGUCUCGUCAACCUCCAAAGCCGCGGAGAUCGUUUCGAAAGAGAUGGGCGAGCACGCCGCAGCCAUCGCCAGCAAAUUCGCAGCCGAGCACCACGGCGUCGAUAUAUUGAAAGAGAAUAUCGAGGAUCGUGCCGAUAAUACGACCCGCUUCUUGAUCUUCAGGAAUACUCGUGUCGAGCGUCCUGCUCAACUUGAGUUCGAGCAACCUUCUACAUCGACUGAAGCAACGACGCGGAAAACUUUGAUCUCCUUUGCGAUUGAUCACUCCUCGCCGGGUGCUUUGGCGAAUGCGUUGCUUAUUUUCAAGGCUCAUGGGUUGAACCUCACGAGUAUCAAUACGAGACCGAGCUUGAAGCGUGCUUGGCAAUAUAUCUUCUUCGUCGAGUGUGGGCGAACACCCUCGGACGAGAAUAAGGAGGCUGUUCUCAAAGCCUUGGAUGAUUUGCGUCACGCUACGGAGUUUUGUAGGGACUGGGGUUCUUGGAAGGACCAGCUCUGA